AUGGCGCAACUUAUAGGUUUUUCUUACAUUGGUGCAAGUCUUCAAAAAGAAUUUUCUAAACUUCGCAAAAAAGGUUUUUGCUAUCUUCAGCAGGAAACAAAAUUUUGCGGAAAAUAUUUAAAUGGUCUUGUAAUGACUCGCAAUUCAUUGAUCAAUCAAUCCAAUAAAAGUGAAACGAAUUCGAGAAAAGAAAAGAUCGUCUCAAGGUUAAUUUUAUUGCCCAUAACGUUGACUCACCUGCAUCUCAUCGGGUGUUGA